UUGUUAAGACAUGACGACUCAUGGAAGAAGGGGUGGUUACGCUUACAAGCCUUAUGGGAAUGCAAAACUGAAAGCUUGUCUUUGCCUGACCUUUGCAGAGGAAACUCCCAAAAGCAAGAGGUAUAUCUAAGAAGCUGAUUAUGAUGGCCUGCUGAACCCCCCCCCACCUUUCUGCGCAUCUAGAUGUACUGGCACCAGAGCGCUCUGCAGAGAGAGCUUCACCUUCAGAAGUGCCUUUGGGGUAGAUGAGCCAUCAGGUGAAAAGAUGCGGAGGAACAGUUGGUGCCAUCUUUACAUGUCCCCUAGAGGUCAUAAAGACCAGGCUCCAGUCUUCAAAGCUAGCCUUCCGGGCUGUCUACUACCCGCAAGUCCAGCUGGGGACCAUCAGUGGUGAAGGAAUGGUCAGGCCAACAUCUGUAUCACCUGGGCUCUUCAGUGUUCUCAAGUCAAUUCUAGAAAAAGAAGGACCAAGGUCACUAUUCCGAGGGCUGGGUCCAAACUUGGUUGGAGUUGCACCAUCAAGGGCUGUCUACUUUGCAUGCUACUCCAAAGCCAAAGAGCAGUUUAAUGGCAUUUUUGUGCCUAACAGCAACACUGUACACAUCUGUUCUGCAGGCUCCGCAGCCUUUAUCACAAAUUCCUUGAUGAAUCCUAUAUGGAUGGUGAAAACAAGAAUGCAACUGGAACGGAAAGUCAGGGGUUCAAAACCAAUGAAUGCUUUGCAGUGCGCUAGAUACGUUUACCAGACAGAAGGUAUCCGCGGCUUUUACAGGGGCCUGACCGCCUCCUAUGCUGGGAUUUCUGAGACCAUUAUCUGCUUUGCUAUUUAUGAAAGUUUAAAAAAACAUUUAAAAGAAGUCCAGCUGCCCCCUUCUUCUCCUAAUGGGACCGAAAGAAACUCGACAAACUUCUUUGGACUGAUGUUUGCUGCUGCUGUUUCCAAGGGCUGUGCCUCUUGUAUUGCUUAUCCACAUGAGGUCAUACGGACACGGCUGCGAGAAGAAGGUACUAAAUACAAGGCUUUCAUUCAGACAGCACGACUGGUAGCACGUGAAGAAGGCUAUCUUGCCUUCUAUAGAGGACUCUUUGCCCAGCUCAUCCGGCAGAUACCAAACACAGCCAUUGUGUUGUCUACCUAUGAGUUAAUCGUGUAUCUGUUAGAAGAUCAUGCAAAGUAGCAGAGCCAAGACUGCUGUUACAGACUGUAGACCAAUUUCUUCGUUGAGCAAGUAGUCCUUUAAGAGACUGUUGCAGGUGGCAGUGCUGGUGGAAAAACUACAAGUCUAUGACCACCUGCUGGAUAUUUCCUUUUGGAUUCACAUUUUCUGAAAGGUCUCAAGUCAUUAAUGUUAAUAGUUAAUUAUAACUUUUUUUUUUUUUAACUUAAUGGUAAAAAACUGCUACUAAAUUAAAUUACACUUAUUUAAUUUAAGUAUAUUUUUGUCCAUUUCCUUAAGCACAGCCAUAUGUGGUCAAGGAAUGUACCUCAUACUAUCAAGUGAUCUCUUGGACUGAUGUUCAUUAAAACUGUAUUAAAACAGAAGAACUGGUUUGGAAAGUUGAAACGUUGCCUUCUUACUGCUGGAGUCACAUCACUUUUUAGCACUGCAAUAGCCUAAUUCCCAAGUAUCUUUGAGAGCUGGUUUAUUCGGGGUGCAUCACUCAUUGCUUUGUGCACAUCCUGGGGCGUUUGAGUAGGACAAUCUUGCAGUACGUUUAACUCUUUCGAAGAUAUAAAAUAUGCACACUGGGAUCUCUUAGAAAAGCCACUUACAUUGGCAGUUUUGCUGGAAUAUGAUUUUGGGAGGCUUUUAGCACAUAUUUAAUUACAGUACUGUGUGCACCUAUGCAUUUGGGAAACAUGCUUAUGUUGGUGUGUGCAAGAAGAUCUGCUAUGACUUGGCUUUUAGACCUUGCUUUUGUGAAGGACUGAGAGCAUGAGGACAAUCAGUGAUUGUGGCCUGGCUGCCCUGCAGAAAUUCCCAGUAACUUGGUCACAUACACUGACCUCAGCCCAUUUCCACUUUUUUGUUUUAGAGCUUCCUUAUACUUCAACGCCAGGGGUUCUAGAGAGUGGAAAAGCAGAGAAGAUAGGUCCCAAACGCUAUAGAUGAUAAAUGCAGUUCUGGAUUGUGCUUUACAACGUGAUACUGAGGAAUAUGCCCCUCUUGAUCUGAUGCCCUCGUGGUGCAGUGCUUCUGAUGGAAAUGAAAUACUGUCUUAUCUCACGGACACAGCACUGUUAACACCAAAAAAAUCAACAACCUAUGUAAAUAGUUUCUUUAUGUCAUUACUUGUUUUCUUACUGAGGGAAAUAAGGAUUUGCCAGCAUAGUGCAGCCUGUUGAGCCAUUCUUACGUUUCAUAUAGAUACAAUAUCUGCAUUCCUCUUUAAAUAUACAAUAGCAAACAAUAGUUGACAGUGGUCAUGAUGCAGUUCUUGCCUUUCAGUUGUAAAUCAUGUCCUGCAUACUUCAGAUUGAAUAAAUAUUAGAAUAUGCUUUUCAUUUUAGUAGUCUCUUUACCGCUUGUGUACCUUGCAAUUAAAGCAUUGUAUACAGAUACUUACUGAUAGUGAAAGAUAAAAUAUUUUAGAACUCAGAGGGGUAGAUUGGUGUUUUGCUUUGGCUAUUUU